UGUUGUUUCUGUUUUGAUCUCUGGAUUUUAACUUGUUGGCAAUUUUUUUGUUCUGAGUUAAUUAUUUAACUACCUGUGUGAUUGAAAUUAAUUAAUUAAUUGGUGGAUAAGUUUCGAUUAUGGAUUCAAAAUUUAAAGGUGAUUCUAUUGAAGCUGAUCAGUCUUCUGAUGUCUCUUCGACUACUCCUGAACCACAACCUGUUCAGAUUGUUCAAAUUGUCACCACAGAAUCUGGAGGUCGUCAAUUAAAAUUAGACACUGAGGCUCUUUCAUCAAUUCUUUUGCAGGAUAAGGUAAAAGAUAAGCCUGUGGCUGUUGUUUCGAUUGCUGGUACAUUCAGAACAGGAAAAUCUUUUCUACUCAAUUUCUUCAUUCGAUAUUUCAGUAAAUUAGAGAAAACUGAUUGGCUUGAAGAUGAAGAUGAACCGUUAAGAGGUUUCUCUUGGCGAUCAGGUCCGGAUCGGGAAACAACAGGUAUCCUUAUGUGGUCCGAACCAUUUAUCAUCGAAAAAAAUGGCAAAGAAAUUGCCGUUCUCCUAAUGGAUACUCAAGGAACCUUUGAUGGUCGUCAUACAACCCGUGAUAGUGCCACAGUGUUUGCCCUCUCAACUAUGACCUCGUCCAUUCAAAUAUUCAAUCUAAUGUUAAAUCUACAGGAAGAUAAUCUUCAAUUUUUAGAACUUUUCACCGAAUAUGGUAAACUUGCCUUGGAGGCUUCACCUGAUGUUAAACCUUUCCAAAAACUAAUGUUCUUAGUUCGUGAUUGGCCUUAUGCUGAUGUCCAUGAAUAUGGAUUAAAAGGUGGUCAAUGUUUACUUGAAAAACGAUUGGAAAUCAUGGAAGAUAUGCCAGAAGAACUUCAACGUUUAAGAAGAAAUAUUCGAAGCUGUUUUGCUGAUAUUGAAUGUUUCCUAAUGCCUCAUCCAGGUUUCGAAGUGUCAACCAAAAAGUUUGACGGAAGAACCAAGGAUGUCUCACCAAAAUUCAUCGAAUAUCUUAAAACAUUGAUUCCUUUAUUGGUUUCUCCAUACACAAUCCGUCUCAAGGAUAUUAGUGGAGAAGAAGUUUCUGGACGACAAUUGUUGGAAUAUUUCAAAGUUUAUACUUCCAUUUUUAAAGGAGAUACUAUACCCGGUCCUAAAUCUAUGUUGGAAGCCACUGCCGAGGCCAACAAUUUAGCAGCUAUCGCAUCAGCACGAGACCUUUACAUGUCGAGUAUGGAAGAUCUUUGCGGUGGAAACAAACCUUAUCUCAACGAAACAUCGCUACAACGAAAGCAUGAGAAAUAUCGCCUUGAUGCUCUUGACUGUUUCUUAAAGUUCCGUAAAAUGGGAGGAAAAGAGAUCGAAGAAAAUUACAUGAAACAAUUGGAGGAAAAUAUUUCCACUGCGUUUACUCAUUUCAGUGCCCAAAAUAAGUCCAAAAAUAUGCUGAAUUUAUUUGGUUCAACUUUGAUUCUUCUCGUCUGGUCGUUUAUGCUCUACUUUAGUUCAAAAAUCUUCGAAUCACUUUUCUUACCCCUUUCCAAUCUUCUAUUUCUCUGUUCAACCUGUUCAUUUGCUCUUCUUAUAACUUAUACCUCUUCCAAGUUUCUUGGAACUCUUCCCGAAAUCGUUAUGGCAGUUGAUGCAAUUGUCUCCCAAGUUCAUUCAUGGAUUCAAGAUUCGAUGUUUCUUUUGAUACAAAGAUAUUUAGAGCAAAGAAUGGCCACAGUAGCCCAAGGGGGAGUUUCGCCGACCCCUGGAGGAUCAACCGGUGGCAUAAAUGAAAGAGGAAAACGUCUUUCACAGAAGAGAAAAUGAUCUUCGAAAAAUGUUUGAUAUAGUCUUUUAAAAACCAAUUCGAUUGCUCUAAAAUAAUGUUUAUAACAAAAAGAGAAAAAAAAAUACUAUCAAUAAAUAUGAUCGAAUUCGAUCAAUUUUAAUUAUAUAA